CGUGAACCAAGUCCGCUAUCAUGCAUCGCUUCGUGGUAGAGCUCAUAGCGAGCUCAUUCUCCUUUUCUUCCUUUCCCUCAUCCUCUGCAUUCAAGGAGAAAAGUUCUUGGCACGCGAUAUACCAUCUAUCUGCAUAGGUACUUGUCCGUCGCACAUCCAAUGUUUUCGCUGGGAAACACACAGAACGCGUCUGGCGGUGGCGCGUUUGGGACUGCAGGACAACAGCAACCUGGUGCUUCCAGCAGCAACCUCUUCGGAAGCACAUCCCAGCCAGCAGCCGGAGGAUCAACUUUGUUUGGGAGCACAACCCAACAAGCGCCUGGUACGGGCGGAUCGAUCUUCGGCAACGCCCCAGCAGGAUCGCAGACAGCGGGAGCCACGGGCGGGGGGAUGUUCGGUACUGCGAACACGCAAACUGGUGGAGGCCUAUUUGGCAGUACACCAGCCCAGCAGCCAAGCGGUGGUGGCUUGUUCGGAAAUACAGGCACACAGCCAGCAGCUGGGAAUCCUUUUAGCGUCCAGUCCACGGCGGGAACGACUGCACCGGCUGGCACUUCUCUUUUCGGCAGUGCAUCCACGAAUACCCCGGGUUCAGGUAGCACUGGAGGCGGUUUGUUUGGCAAUGCUGCCACGGGAGGUGGUCUCUUUGGUAGCACGGGAGGGACUAGUACUACUGCGACUGGAGGUGGACCAUUCGGCAGCACGGGAGGGAUGGGUGCUACAAAUGCCGGAAGGGGGCUGUUUGGCAGCACGACGGGCGGGAGCACCACAGGUACGACUGGCGGUCUGUUUGGUAACGCUCCUGGAGGCACGAUGACGGGCGCUACGGGAGGAGGGCUUUUCGGAGGCUCGACGACGACUCCCAUGAACACAGGAGGAAGCUUGUUCGGUAGCACGACGGCCACACAGCCCAACACAGGCGGUGGUCUUUUUGGAACUGCCAGCAAUGUACCGUCAAACACAGGCGGAGGCAUGUUCGGAAGUAGCACGGCAGCCCCUUUUAGCUCGGGAACUGGUGGUCUUUUCGGUGGCACUACCAACGCCCCUUCUACCGCAGUUACCGGUGGUCUGUUUGGAGGCGGCACUGCCGCGCCGACUGGAUCGAUUUUCGGCGGUCAAGCCCAAGCAGGUCUAAGCGCGGGCCAGCCGUCACUGUUUGGCUCGACGGUCGGGCAGCAACAGCAGCCCGGGAUGCUCUUCGGCAGCAAUCUCGGUCAAUCGACGCUGCUCGGUGUGACACAAGGAAACCUGUUUGCAUCGCGGCCCGCGUUAGCGCCCGGACAGCAGCAGCAGGACGCUCAAUCCCAGUUCCUCGCGCUCACACAGCGAAUUGAGGCUAUCUAUCACGCAUGGAAUCCGGCCUCACCGCAGUGCCGAUUCCAGCAUUACUUCUACAAUUUGGUGGAUCCCAAUCACGUUCACUUGUAUGGUAGGCCAUCGAAUGCAACGAAUGAUGCAUUGUGGCAGAAAGCUGUGCGAGAGAAUCCGGACCCGAGUUGCCUGGUACCUGUGAUCGCCACGGGCUUCGACGAUCUUCAAACCAGGGUGGAGGCGCAGUCGCAACAAGCUGCAGCACAUCAAGAGAGAUUGAAGGAAAUACAAACGCGGAUAGCGGCUCUGACACAACGACACCAGCUGUCGAACGUGUCCCGUCUGCAGCGCGCUGCGGCGUUGCAGACGCAGCUCACGCAUCGCGUGCUCAAGGUCGUGCAGCACCUGCACCUCCUCAUACCUUCGUUGCGCUCGUCUGCCAUCCGGCCAGAGGAGGAGGCGCUGCGUGCUGUACUGGAGGACAUCGACCAGGAGAUCCGGAGGCCGGGCGGUACGGGCAGGAUGCGCGGCAAGCUCAACGAGUUGUGGGCGCUCGUGGGCGCCGUCACGGCUGCUCGCGAGAGAGAUCGUAACGCGGGCGGGGUAGAGUGGGCCGUUGUGGAUGACGAGGGCCUGAGUCAGAUUGCUCAGAUCCUAUCGGAAGAACAGGCGGGCUUGGCGCAUUUGACGAAAGUCCUGCAGAAAGACCUCAAGGAUCUUGCUGUGAUCCAAGGAACGAGCAUAAAAGAAGACUCGGAGUAUUCAUCGGGCUCGACCUCGACGUUGCGCAGCAGCUCUAUAUACUGAAUCAUGGAUGAGACUUGCGUGUAUUGCUUAACGGUCGAAGUUACCUGAUGCUAUAUACCCAGUGCAGCGGAGAGCCUACGUAUACCAGCUCUGCUCACCGUGGAUUCUCUGUCAAACAAUGAGCGGGUCAGUUGUCGCGGAAGGCCACCUCGUGGGCCUUUACUUUGUACUACUGCUAGACGCGAAGGACACGGCUGUAGUUGGGUUACUACUAACAGUUCGUUGAGCUAGAAAAAAACUGUUUCGGUCAUUCAAAAAGGCUUCUCGAACCC